AACGAAUCUUACAAUAGCAUUCAGGUGUUGUGAUUGUUUGUUACGGAUACGAGCUAUAUUUUCUAGUGGAUGAAAACAAAUAACUGUUCAUAAUUGUUUAUAUCAUGGCCGAUGAAAAAGAUAUGAAUGACAAGAAAUCUAAUUCGCUGAGUGAAGUUGAUUAUAAUUCUGUUGAUGAAGAUGGAAGCCUUAGAAUAAAAAUUAUAUGUCUUGGUGACAGUGCGGUUGGAAAAUCGAAGUUGGUAGAAAGAUUUCUCUUGGAUGGAUACAAACCACAUUCACUUUCAACAUAUGCUCUUACGAUGUUUCGUCAUAAAACUAAAGUUGAUGAUGAAAAUGUGCUAGUAGAUAUCUGGGAUACAGCUGGACAGGAGAAGUUUAACAACUUGCAUCCUUCUUACUACCAUGAUGCUCAUGCUUGUAUUAUGGUUUUUGAUAGCACUAGAAAACCUACUUACAAGAGUCUUACAAGAUGGUACACUGAAUUAAGAGAAUACCGACCAGAGAUACCAUGCCUUUGUGCUGCAAAUAAAAUUGAUGCUAAUCCAACUGUAACGAAAAAGUCAUUUCAUCUGCCCCAAAAAUUAAAAAUGCCUUUAUAUUUUGUCUCUGCAUCAGAUGGGACUAACGUUGUCAAACUCUUCAAUGACGCCAUAAGGAAUGCAGUUUUAUACAAAAAGAAUCCUACAGAUUUCUUUGAUAAAGUUAUGCAAGAACUUGAAGCUCUUGAUACUGGAGAUGAAUGUUUUGAUUCAACAAGUAACUAUUUCGAUUCUUGUUCCGAUUCCGUAGAAUUUUCUAGUGUGACAGUUUCUGACAACAGCAAUUAAAUUUUGUGGUUCAGUCUUUUAAAAACUUGUGCCUUUCCAUCACAAAUUGUGAUAGAUAAACUGUGAUUUUUGUCGUAGAAUCGUUUUCUGUUAACUUAUUGACUAUUGUGUGGUAACAUAUAUAAUUAAAAGUACUAUCUAGUUUGAUAAUCAUCCCAGGAUAUUAAGUUACAAUUGUGUGAUUUCUGAGUGUUAAUGAAAUAUUUAGAAUAUUUGCUUUGUAUUCUCAUCACCUGUUCAUGUAAUUUUUGCUGAUUAGUAAUUAAUAACUGAGAUCAUUUUUUAAAAUUUUAUAACUUAUUUUUCAUGAAAAAAAUGCUUUUGCAGCAAUCUUUCUGCUUCUAAAUUACAUCUACUGUAUUGUUUUAGCAUUUAAUAUUUGUAUUAUAUUGUGCUGAUGUUUUUGAACAUGCAUAACAUAAUUCCUAAAGCUGUAUAUAUUUUGGCAUAUGCACCAUUUCAAAUAUAUUUAAAAGAAAAUUUACCAGUUCGUUUCAGUGUACAGUUUCAAUUUUUAUCAUCUAUUUUUUUAAUGGUUUGUGCUCUUCUACAGCACGGUAGUUUAUUGUUAUUUACAAUUUUUAGUUUUGCCGAUAUUUAAACAUGUGUUCGAUGUUUAUCAUACUGUUUGCAAUUAUCUGAAACAUGUAGCUAAUUGUAGUAUGCCAUUAAUAUUUUAAGGAUCGAAUGAAUUAAGCUGAAAUGGGAAGAUUUUUUUUUUUUUUUUGAAUUUAUGGAAACUGUAUAUUGGAAUGCUGUUUAUAAUAUUUAUUGAUAUAUGUGCAUCUUUUGAACUGAAAUUAUAUUUAGCAUAUGGAAAAUUUCCUAUUACUUUUUUAAUUUAUUCGCCAUUUUAACAAAAUAUAUAUUAUAUAUACAGGAUAUGUUAGGAAUCGCGGAAAAUCAUUUUUCUUUCCUUUGAUAGAUUUUUAAAUUUUAUAUUCGUUUAGAUAUUCAAUUUUUCUGCAUGUUACGUUUGAAUAUAUAUUAUCUUUAACAAAAAGAAAUUUCAGCAUGAAUAUCAUUGAGAGAUGUUUUUAAAAAAAUGUAGAGAUGCUAUUCGGUACAAGAAAGUUGCAAUUUUUUUUACUUGUCUUGUUUUCCUAUAAAGGUCAUUUUGUAAAGGAGUGGGAGGUGGGGAAUUUCUUUGUGAAGAAUAUCAAAUAUCUUGGAUGUUUGUUGAGUUAGAAAUAAUUUUCUAUUUAUUAUUCCUGAAAUAACUUUAUAGUAAAAGUGUACAAUUAAUCAUAAAUUAUUUCUAUUUAUUUCAUAUAUAAAUGUAUAAGCUAGUCAUAUCAUGUUAUUCAAGUAAUUUUUUUCAUGCACAAAAUCAUAUAUAUCGUCUAUAUGUAUAUAGGAUUGUUUUUAAGUUUUCUGUUGUUAUCUGUCUAUAUUCUAAUAUAUUGACAUUUUGUUUAUACUUAUAUGAAGCAGUUAUUCAGAGUCCCCAUGGUCUUUAAAAACUCUUUGAAGUCUAUUUUCAGAAAAAAAUCUUUCUUUUUUUUUAAGUCUCGUUGAAAUGUUUCUCUUAUUUCUUGAGGGAGAACAACAACAACAACAAAAAACAGUUUGUGACAUGACCUGCCUUGAGAAUUUCACCGACAGGGAAGGGGUGUGGAUAUGAUACAUCUUUUGAUUGUCAAUCAUCAGUCUUUUUUUUUUCUUUCAUACUUUAACCCUUUAAAGGGCCAUUUUUUUCUAGUCAUAUUAUGUUAAAAUAUUUUUAGGCUUGAAAUUAGAAUAAGAAAAAGGAUUCGUUUAGCUUAUUAGAUAAGUUUAAUUUAAUUAAUUAAUUUGGUUAGUUAAUAAUUAAGUGAUAAACCAAGACACAUCAUUUUGUGUGAGAUAAAGAACCAAAGCAUCUAAGUUUCUGUCUUUCUAAAAAAAUUUGUCAGAACUUAUGCCAACCUACAUAAUUUCAUACAACGAUUGAUAAAUUUGGUGGGAAGCAUACUUCCCACAGCCUUAAAAAAGGUUAAUAGAAGGGGAAGACGAGUAGGAUCAUAACCACAAAUGAGAAAGAAUCUUCAAUAGGCUCAGCAGAAAUUUAUUGCCAUUUCACUAGUCAUUGUAUCUCUGAAUGCUUAUUAGAAAUAGUUUUCGAUUAUUUGAAAAUAUAUUUUUCGUAUAGCUCUUGUUAGAAAAUUUGUUCCAUUAAAUAUUUAUUCCCUGACAGCAAGGUUGCCAAAAACUUCUCUGGACCAGUAAAAGCUUUUGCUUAAUUUCGCUUUGUAUUGUUCCGAAUGUUAAGGAUGCUUUAUUUAAAUUUACUUAAAGAUUCGCCGUAGAAAGAGAGGAUUGCCUAAAUUUUUCAGAGAAUGGAAGUACUUUCGAAAAUUUUUUACAGAACUAGGUGUCUAAAGAAUGCAGUUGCUGCUAAACGAAAUAACGGAAUUGAGCGAAUUGAAAUUAUAUUUUAAGAUUGUAGAAAAUUACGAUCACCAACACUAAUUCAUCUAAGUUUUUUGCACAGAUUCAGUAAAGAUCUUAUCCUACCUGUCAAACUGAUAUUUAUCUUACCACUAACCAAAAUUAUUCAACUGUUUUUAGUAUUCAUUUUAGCAUUGAGAGACUAUCCACUUUUGCCGUUUUUGGUACUUGAUUUGAAAAAGAUGGUAAUUAACUAGUUCAAAAUUUUCUGUCCCAUGAAAAAUGUUUUCGAUGGCUUAAUAUCAUCGAAUACCAUUCACACUGAUUCGUGUUCGAUACGAGCAAAAUUAGUGCAGUGAGGGAAGAAUGCUGAAUAGUCUUAUUAAUCAGAAGAAAAAAUAUUCGAUAAAACAACUAAGAUAUUUGAAACAGAGGAUAUCGGGAUUUUGUUUAUAUAUACCUUUAUUCAUAGAGUUAUAAAUUCCUUUCGAUAACGUACUUUCCGGAAUGUUAGUCUAAAUUCAAGGAAAAUUGCCAAACAAGUUCUUUCCUAUUUUAACAAAAUGAAAACCAUACUUUCUGUUCUUGUUAAUUGCAGGUGAAUAUAAGAGGAUUGUGAUUCUAUUUUAAUAAAAUUUAACAUUUUUUUUUUUUUUUUAUGUGGCGUGCAGUUGAAUAGAUAUGAGGAAUCUGAAGUAUCCAAUAAUUGAAUUGAUAAGAUAGCCAAAAUGUUAACAGAAAUUGUUGAAAGUAAUGAAGAUUCUUUGAUACUACACCAAAUUUAAACGGUAGGUGAAAGUGGAUUUUCUUUAAAUAAAAAUAUUGAGGUUAGGAAGUUAAAUAAAGAAAAAUUUGCUGCAAAACAUUUGAUUUCAAAGGAAGUGAGAAUAUGAUAUGUGACAAAGCAUUUGCGUAGCACAAAAGAAGUUGAAUUAUAUGCAGAAACAUGCCGACUCUAAAUAUAUCAAAUCAUGUGAACGGGUGUAUAAACUAGUUGAAACAGCAGAGAAAAAUAGAAAAUUUCAAUGUAGAGCAAAAUUAAAUAGUUUUAGGAAUUAAGGCUUUAACUGAGCAACAUCAUAUGUAAAUUUAAAAUAUUUAAAUUGCACAUUGUUUCCAGUUCAUUUAUUUACAUGUAAAUAAAGGUUUGCUGAUUUGUAUCCAUAUCGCAUUUUCUUUUUGAGUCGACCCAGUGCUAGUUAAGGGUAAGAUUAGAGUUCCUUGUGGAAUUAUUAUUUUUUUAAAGAAUUUGGUUUCAGCUUAAGUUCUGAAUGUGUUUGUGCAUUGAGAUCCUAUGGUAAUUUGAGAGAAAUUAACACCUAAUAGUAAUCGUGCAGGGACUAACGAUAAAGGCGCUUGGAUUGCAAUCUUGAAACCCACUCUGAACUAAAAAUUUUGGCUUAUUAACUGCAAGAGCUUUUUAAUUCAACAUAUAGAAAUAAUAUGGGAAAAAAUGCUUAUUUUUAUAUUAUUAGUGACAAUAUUUCAUUUAAAUUUUCAUGUGUAAAGUAGAUAAUUUACUGUCCAUAAAUUUUCUAAAAUUCUUAUAAAAAAUUUAGAUCGGUCCCUGAAAAGCCCUUUACUUUUCUUUUUCAUGAAAUUGGGAACCCUAUUAUUUUUUAAAUUUUAAGUCAUAUUUAUAAUUAGCAACAGAAAUACUGUUAUUUUUCUAUUAAAAAAACAAGAUAUAUAUUCAAAUUUAUAAUUUUAUUUUACAAAAAUAUUUUUUUACUUUCCAGUUGGGCAAAUUGUAUUUUAGUGUGCUUUGAGUGUAACUCAUUAUUUGUGUACUUAAUAUUUCUUGUGUGAUAAAAAUCUGUUUUAUCAAAUUUCGCUACUUAUUUGCGUGUUAUAUUCAUGUUUCUAUGUAUAAUUCUGUUGAUACUAAUUGACUUAACUGUGUUGAAAAUGUUAUUCCUUCAAUGUGAGUCUUCUGAAUUAUUAUAUUCAAUGCUUUUUGUUUUUCUGCACUAUGAAAAAGUGUGAAAUAAAUUUUUAGUGCGGUUUUACAUUUUUCACUCCUUAUUACCUGAAUGUAUAGCGAUCAAGUAUCCUAUGAAUUAUUUACAAAUGUGUUAUUAAUUUAUAUUUUUAGCUAGUAACUUGAGUAUGGGCUAAUUUCUUAUCUUCAGGGUUAUUAAAUUAAUUAGGUUUCAAUUUCUUCAAUGUUGUUAGUUUUGUAGUUAAAAGUGAUAUUUUUUUAGGUAAAUCCGUCCAUAUAGUUGAAAUCUAAUAUUUUAUAUUUUGAAAUCUUAAUUUUUAUUAUUAUUAUUUUAGAUUUUGAUUUAUAUCCAGAUAUAUUACACUGCUCAACUCCGAUUUUGUUGUUAAUGAUAUUCCAAUGAUUUUAGAGUAAUUUUUCGAUGUUGAUUCUGAAUCUGGCAUUUUUGUAAGAUUGAUUCUAUUUUAAAUUAAAACUAAAAUCGUUUUGAAAUUGUCUAAAAUGUAAGCCAAUUGCAAAUUAAAUCAAUGCAAAAAAUCAGCUUAAUCCUAAAGAGUUUUCAAUAUAUAAAUCGGAAAAUAUGACAAUACAAAAAUCGCAUGAAAUUUGUGUCAAAUGUAAAUUAAAGAAUAAAAUUCAAAACACUAUUAAUAAGAGAAGUAAAUAAAUUACAUUAAAUCUAAUUAGAUCAAUAGUAGUGGCCCACUAAAAUAGUAAUUGUAUGCAAAAAAGUAUAUGAUGUUACAUUAAGUUCAAUGUGGUAGUAGUAAAUAGUAAUUGAAUUAAUAGUAUUGAUUCUUUUUAUACAGCACACUCAAUUCCACAUUUUUGAUAAUAUAUAUAUAUAUAUAUUUAAAAAAACAUAUUUAGCUCUCAAACAGUUAAAGAUCAUUUUGCUUUUUCCUGGAGAUCUCUAUAUGCCUACUAUCCCACGAGCAAAUGAAGACUAGGAGUUCUUCAUGAAACCGCUUUGUUGUCCCAUUAGGAACUUGAUCAACACAAAUAAACUUCUGAUGUUUCUAAUAACAGAGCUUCAGAGGAACCAUUUUAACAUUUUUUAUAUCCUUCUUGAAGUUUUACAUAAUGAGUUACUGGCAGGUAAGGACAGAGAUUGCCAUGAUGUAAUGAUAGAUUUCGAGUUUUUCAUCGAACUCUGUAAAAAAAACACCUCAUCUUCUAGUUCAUAUUCUAUUUCCAUAUGAAAAAAAAAAAAAAAAAACCCUUAGGAAUAUUAGUACAUUUUAGAGGCUCUGUAUCAUGAUUAGAGUUUGGAUUAAUUUUCUCUGAAAUAUGUAACUUAGACAUUUUCUACUGCAUUAUUAAAUAUUUAAACAAAUCAGUGAAAUAAAAUACAUUAUUAGCUCCAGACACCAUUUGUAAAUCUUGAGAAUAUCCAUUAUUUUUAAAACUACUUUCAAUUUGUUAAAAGCAAUGCCAGGUUUAAAAUAAUCAGCUUCAGAAUACCCUAAAAUCAUUAAAACUUCAUUGGCAACUGUUUUUUUUUUUUAUCUUUGCUAUUUUUUACUUAAAAACAGGCAAAAUGUUAAACAUGUUAUUUUAUUAAUAUAUAUAUAUAUAUGUAUGUUCUGAAGCUUAAAAUUAUUUUUAUGAAUCUAAGAAGUUACUGUGUCAUUUUACUGCUUAAC